GAAUUGUAAGGAAAAGAAAAGGAAUGAAAUCUAUCAAAAUUCUAUUGCUAGUUUGGAGGCAAAACCAUGUGAUUCCUUGGGGCAUCUGGCCAUAAGGGGCCCUGUUGCAACAUAGUUGUGGCCCUAUAUAUACCUUCUACCAAAGAUUGCAAUCCAGUGCAACCUCUUCUCUGCUUUGUAAGUCUUAAACAUCAUUCAGCUUAAUUCAAUACCUUCAAAAAAAUUUCAAAAUGGGUAUCCGCUUGCCUGGAAUUGUCAAUGCUAAACAAAUUCUGAAGCGAAUUCUCUUGUCAGAGGAUACUUCUAAUGUGCCUAAAGGCCACUUAGCAGUUUAUGUUGGAGAAGCUCAAAAAAAGCGAUUUACCGUUCCGAUUUCAUAUUUGAAGCAUCCUUCAUUCCAGAACUUGUUAAGUCAAGCUGAAGAAGAGUUCGGAUUUGAUCAUUCUAUGGGUGGUCUCACAAUUCCAUGCAGUGAAGAAGUCUUCACAGGUCUCAUUUUAAGCAUGUAGUUCUUAUGACGGAUGCCUAAUAUAGCAUAGCUCAGAACUGUUAGAGUACAGUGAAUGACAAGUGUAAUAUUGGUUAAUAAAUCUGUUAGUUAGUUAGUUAGUUAGAAAAGUUAGUUACAUGCAGUUAAGUUGUUACAGUGCAUGUAUAUAUAAAUAACUAACUAACUAUAGAAAGCAAGAAGAUUGAAUAACAGAAAAGAAGAAGGUUAAUAAGGUUUUCA